CGAUAGAUGAUGAAAUGAAAAAGCAAAUGGCUACUGCAUUCCGACGUACUAAAAUUCCUAAUAAAAAGAAUCCGAUGUAAUUCGAUGAUAAAUGCGCUCUUUAUGAUCAUGAUUAGCAAAAUAAGGCUCUAAAGCAACUAAAGAACUAAGAUACAAUAAUAUUCCAAGCUAAAAACUUGCCAAAACUAGGAAAAAUACAAAGAUAUUAAAUCCUAUCAAGUACUAUUUAGAAAUUUCGCUAAUAUAUUGUUUUGUGUGUGAUGCUGAUUCACGUCCGUUUAUGUUUAGUUGAUGUAAUGUGAAGUUAUUGCCCGGGCGGAGCGCCGCCCCACGGCCAUGGAGCGGUACGAGAAGAGGCACAGCAAGCACCACAAGGAGAAGCACAAAAAGCGAUUGCACAAAAAGCACAGGAGCUCUAGCGGUACCCAUGACCAAUCUUAUGCAACAAGUAACUCUCACAAGCCGCUGGUGGAGUACUCGGACGUCAGCUCGGAGGCUCUGUCGGCCCCGGAGGCCGGCGAGAUCGAGAGCGAGGCGAGCUCCAUCAGCCGGCACAUCGCCGACGACCUCGACCGGACGAGGAAGUCUCACUCGAUCCGCACAUUCGUCGACGACAAGACGAUCUCGGUCACGACGACGAGCCGACGCAUUGUAGACGAGUACGCUCUUACCCGUGAUUCUUCUUCGGCAGCAUCUAAGAAGAGGCGCGGCUUAGACUUUGUGGAAACGGAGUUGGAGAUUGAAGAUCACCGGUUUAAGAAGAAGAAAGAUAAGCGGAAGAAGGAAAAAAGAAAGAAAAAGAAGAAGGACAAGCACCGCUCGAGAUCUGCUAGCUUAGAAAGUGUGUCCCCGGAUGAUAACUUGCCUACGGCUACCCCUGGGAGACCACCAAGUCCUCCGAGAUACGCUCAAGUGCCUGUGAGCGAAUGGGAAAAGGCCUCAUCUCCGUUACAAAAUGGGUCCUGCUCACCAGUAUCUCCAUCAACUCCACCACCACUGGUCAGGGAGGUCCGUCGAGAUCCGUCACCAAGGCUACGCCCUCCAAUCAUAGCAGAACCCUUACAUCCAUUGCCUUAUUCUCCCAGAGAGAGAUCCCCGCUAAUGAGCCAUAUUGAUACAAGGAGAAGACAGAAAUCUACCACACCACACACACCAGUUGCGCCCCCGUACCAUGAGACCGUCACGAUAGAUUCCGGCGAUGAGCAGGAGUUUGAGCACAGGCGGGACUACUGGCCUGAACACAGGCCGCAGUCACCCAUCAUGAUUAUUUCUGAUUCCCCUGAACGGGGGAUAUCGCGUAGUCGAGGCGACUACAGCCCGCGGAGGCACCGACGCCGUUCACGCGGCUCGCCGCGACGUCGGCACCGCAGUCGCGACCGGGACAGACACCGGGACAUCAGAGGCUCUGGCAGACGAUCUCCAUCCCGCACAUCAUUAAAACGACGACGUUCGUUAUCGCGGGGCCGUCGGCGCGGAUCGUCGCCUUCUCCACCAAGACAUCGCGUCCGGCAUCGAGAACCUUCGCGAGAUCGACACAGGCCUAAGCAUGACUCGCCAAGUCCGCCGUCGGUCCUGCAGCGCAGGAUAGACUUCAAAGAGAAGAUCAGCGAUACAAGCUUGUUCGCUGAACUUGUUAAGGACAAGCAUAAGAGGGCUAAGAAACUACAAGAGAUCCUAGACCAAAAGGAGGAGGAGUCCCAAGGCGCGAUCUCCACCACAACCUCCAUCAACAACCCCGAGAUCCUCACCAUCGACGAGCUCUCCAACGCCACAUACGACAGCGCCUCGCAGCUCAAGGAAAACGGAGAAGCACCGACCCCAGUUCCACCACCGGCUAAUGAUAAAGAAGUUGGAGAUAUACCGCUGCCGGGAGCUGUUCCACCAUUACCGGUGCCACCGCCAAUGCAGCCUCCACCGGUGUUUGGUGCACUUACUGUUGAGAAGCCUGAGGAAACCAAGAGCAAUGGAGAAGAGGUGAGGCAGCCAACGCCCCCCGCCGCGCCCCCGGUGGCGCCGGCCGCUCCAGCGCUGCCGCCGCUGCCGAAGGUGGGCGGCAGCGUGGUGGAGGGCGUGUACGCGAGCAGCCAGCAGCCGCCGCCGCCCAAGCCCAAGUCCCUCGUCAAGCUGCCCAUGCCGCCCAACACGCAGGUUGAUGACCUAAAGACGCUGGCGAACGAGAGUCCGCUCAGCACGCCAUCGCCCAGCCCGGUCAAGAAGCCUGAAAAGCCUAAGAAGACUGGAAUCAUGAACUUGCCAAUGCCACCUGUGAUCCCCGGCUCCGAGGAGCUGAGCGGCGACGAGCUGGACGGCAGCACGCCUCCGCCCGCCGCCAGCGACCAGUACUCGCACGUCUUCAACUCCAGGAAGGGCAAGGAGAAUUCGUUGUCGAAACUAAAAAGGCCGCGGAUUCUGAAACGGCGCGGGUCCAAAGUGGUUCCCGUCGCCACGCCCACGCACCAUGCCAAAGACUGGGGCGAAAAGUGUGUCGAUGGCUUCCAGGUGAUAACCCAAAUCGGCGAAGGCACGUACGGGCAAGUGUACAAAGCGCGCGACAAAAACACGAACCAGCUAGUCGCGCUUAAGAAAGUUCGCCUCGAGAAUGAGAAAGAGGGCUUCCCUAUCACGGCUGUUCGGGAGAUUAAGAUCCUCAGACAGCUCAAUCAUAAGAAUAUUGUCAAUCUGAGGGAGAUUGUUACUGAUAAACAGGACGCCUUGGACUUUAGAAAGGACAAAGGCUCUUUCUACCUAGUAUUUGAAUACAUGGACCACGAUUUAAUGGGUCUACUAGAGUCGAAGAUGGUGGACUUCACAGAGUCUCACAACGCUAGUAUUAUGCGACAGCUGCUUGACGGGCUUGCGUAUUGUCACAGGAAGAACUUCCUGCACAGAGAUAUCAAGUGCAGCAAUAUACUUAUGAAUAACAAGGGCGAAGUGAAGCUCGGCGACUUCGGUCUAGCGCGGCUGUGGUCGGCCGAGGACCGCGCGCGACCCUACACCAACAAGGUCAUCACGCUGUGGUACCGCCCGCCGGAGCUGCUGCUGGGCGAAGAGAGAUACGGGCCCGCUGUCGAUGUGUGGUCCAUGGGCUGUAUACUGGGAGAGCUGUUCCUCAAACACCCCGUGUUCCAGGCGAACGUAGAAAUGAUGCAGCUCGAGAUGAUCUCCCGCGUGUGCGGCACGCCCGUGCCCGGCGUGUGGCCCAACGUCGUCAACCUGCCGCUGUGGCACACGCUGCGCCCCAAGCGCUUCCACAAGCGCUGCGUGCGCGACCACUUCGCCUUCAUGCCCGCGCAUGCACUCAGUCUACUCGACAGGAUGCUGGAACUUGAUCCCGACAAGAGAGUGACGGCGGAGGAUGCGCUCAAGAGUCCGUGGCUGAAGAAUGUAGUUCCAGACCAGAUGCCGGCGCCCUCGCUGCCCACGUGGCAGGACUGCCACGAGCUGUGGUCGAAGCAGCGGCGGCGCCAGCAGCGCGAGCACGAGCAGAAGCCCAAGCCCUACGGCGAGGAGGCCAAGGAGGCCUUCAAGCAGGACUCCUCCAACCACUCCGACGCCUCCUUCAAGGCCGACUACAAGGACGUGCCGCCCGCACAGCCGCCGCCGGACCAGGCUCCGCCUGUCAAAUAGUAUACGGAGUACUACUACGGACAUUACGGAUAGGACUAUGGUGCUGCCUACGUCUAGGGGAUCGGCCGUCAUUACCCACCACACGGAGCGAAGCGUGUCGCGACCCAAUUUCCAAUCAAACGUGCUAUAUGGACGUGUCUCGGCCGAGCGACCUGUCUGACCGAGCCACGUCCAGAUGUUUGCCGCGCGAGCACAUUGAAUCGCGACGUGCCUCGCUCUGUGUGGACCUGGCUAUUCACGUUUAUUUUGAGCUUUUAAGACCCAUAUACGGUUAUGAUUAGCCGGGUCUCCACAAAACGAGUCGCGAGGCGAUUUCCUCGCGCGAAAAGCGUAUCACGUCUACAUUGGACGUUUACCGCAUGAGUACGCUUCCUUGGGACGUGCCUCGAUCAAGACCGAAUGCGUGAAACGAAUUUUUUAAUCGUAAUCGCUCUCGUUUUAUUACAUGUUAAAAUUACCUUAUAAGAACAUUAAAAUUAUCUAUUAUACUUAUUCGUUUUCGUUGCUAGAAAGAAAAGUACAGAAACUUAGUUAUUGAUACUCUUUCGUGAAAAUUAUAAUAUGAAAUGUUCUGUCAAUAUGAACUGUAUUCGCGAACAAGCUGGGAUUUCUUACAAGCUCAAUACGUAUGGAUGUUGCGUGAUGGCCGGUCGAGGAUUUAAUUUAUUGUGAUGGUGUCUAGUGGUUCUGAAUUGUGGAAUCUGAAGGUUCCGUCUGUAGUGGUUGACGCUUGUGUUCAUACGGUAGAACCGUUUGUGCCUGUCGGCAUCUACAGGACUAGUUUAAUCGGUCCCGAUGUAUAUUCAAAAUUAUAACCGAGAACCAAAAUUCAGUAAUAAAAUUAACCAAAGUAUUAGUUCUGGAAAACAGAGCUGUGUAUAAAAGUCGCAAAUUUUGCAUAAAUAUGUACAUACUGUCUCGGAGAUUCAAAGUAAGGACAUUUUUGUUCUUUUACCUUUAAGCAGCAAUUACACUGCGUCGUUCAUCUAAUGCGGUUGCGAAUUUGUUUCAAACAAGUAGUAUGAAACAAAGUAUUUGCCGUUUAAAUAUAACACGCGAAAUUUAAAUGUAUAAAUCGAUGAAUAUAUCAGUUAAAAGACGUAUUAAUAUAAUUCUGUGAUUGUUUUGACCGGUAUCGGAAUUGACCUGCGCCACGAGUCUGGGUAUCGUGUAAUCCUUCGUUAGAUUUAAUUUAGAAUAUUAAUAAAGGUCCUUAUAUAAUAAAUUAGUUUUAUUUUUGUUACAAAGGACCCUGGACCCAAAUGUAGUACGCAUUUAUAAUAUAUAUAAGUAUGUAAGUAAUAUGUAUAUUACGGCGUCAUUACGCGAAUUUAUAGGUAUACAGAUUAUGUAAAACAAUGUUACUGUUGGAAUCGCCUUCUCAGAUUACUGUACAUUUAUCUACGGCGAGUCAGUCUGUAUUUUUUUUAUAAGAACUUGUAAAUAGUUGUGCUUGAGUAGUCAAAAUAUCGUAUUUAGUUGCUAUUACGAUGUUUCUGUUCCAUUUGUAUAAGGAUCUUCCAUGAAUUGCGCGAUUUGAAUGAAUUAUUGUUGGGUGACUAAGAUAAAAGUUUAUAAGGAUAGGUCAAUUCUCAAGAGUUGGCACGAAUGGAAAAAAUGAGUGAAUGAAAAAGUUUCGUUCAUUCCGUUCUUGCAAACUCUUGUGAAUUGGCCUAUAUCCCAUGGAAUAUCGCGUCUAUGACAAUUUUGUCGAAGUAGUUUGUUAUUGUUUUGAUACAAAUUGUGCUUGCAUUUGGCAACCUGACACUUUCAUUGUGUGCUUGACUUUGACUGUGUUGUAUAUUUUUGUAUGAAGUCAAUAUUGUAGGACGCGUUAUUAUUUCACAUGUAGUAGGCUGAUUCUAGAGUUACGUUUUUAUUUCAUAGUACUUUUAUUUAACUAAAAUCCACAAGAAAGAUUAA